AUGCUCAUGUCGGCGCAACUUGAGACACAGGGGCCGAGUGUGCAGGGGUCCAGCGGGAUUCUGAAACCUGACAACCUUGGCGAGGAGGAACGAGAACAGAGAGGAGAUGACAGUGACAUCGAGGGGCGCCUGAAGCCGAGUCUGCAGUUUACGGGGCAUCAGCUCUUCUAUGUCUUUGGGCUUGAUGGAAUAGGCGCCAUGGCUUUAUCCGGGGGUGUGAAUUUUGCUUUGGCUUAUGUCAUGUACACCACGCAAGACACCAUCAAGAACCCAAUCCGGUUGUUUCAACUGCCAAACACACUAUCGGGCGAUGCAGCCGUAACUAUUAUCGUCCAAUGCAUUCUCACGUGGUUCGUUGAGAUGGGCCUCGUCAGUUACGACCUCUCAAAACGCUCUGUUCAGCCGAUUGGCUUUGUUCCUGAGCCCUCGCAUCAGUGGCUUCGAUGGCUAUUCUUCCUGCCACCAGCAUCUGAUCCAGGCGAUUCCGAAGUUGAAGAGAAAGAGCCUCAGAGAAGACCCACGGUUCCUCCUGUACUGACGACAAUCGUACAAGGGGCACUAAGAGGUUUUAUCCUCGCUGUCGUGGGCUUCUUUAUCCUCUGGCCACUGAGCGUGGGGGUUCUAACGACAGUUGGAGAACGCGAUGGUGGGGACUGGAGAUACAAAGACCGCUGGACACCACAGGCUUUCAAAGCGGUUCUUGGCGGCGUCCUAGGUUUGCUUACGACGCCUUUGAUGGCUUUGUUCUGGCUUAUCAAGGCGGGCUGGGAGGGUAAUGAUGAAAGAGCUGAGGCGAGAGACUCAAGACGGAGCCAAUACGCUGAGGCUGAGAGAAUGAACGCAAGGAGUUCGAGGCAAAGCCGAUAUAUGGCGGAAGUAUAG